CAUAUCGCAUGCACUGAUCAUCAUCUUGAAGACUUUAUCAUCAUCAUCAUGGAAGACAAGGACUUGGCUCCAGAGCUAGGCGCCAGCGACCACGGUUGUGUUUCUCGCUUAGAUCUUACUUCUGGAUUCAUGAAACAUAUCAUUCGCAACCAACAAAGGAGGGAUGAUUAUGACAAAGAAGUGAGAGUAAUGCAAGAGCAACAGAAAACUACAGCAAAGGAAAACAAGAACCAUGCAAGGAAACCCGGACAAAGUAUCUACGUUCCACCUGCAAAAGCAAGUAAAGGUAAUGGACGUAUCAAUGACUAUGACAAAAACGUCUUCAAGCUUCAAUAUGAGGCCCCGGAUAGAGAGGUUUCAGAAUGGCUAGUCCACAAGGGUGAUGAUCCACAUGGCAUAGCAGAGCGUUUUGGUAGACAGUGCAGACUCAGCUCACCUCUCAUCAAGGCUCUAGGAUCUUUCAUUGAGGAAGAAAUGGACAAGAGAGGACUCCACACAUGAAGUCAGGUCAAAGUUGAGGUCACAGGUCAAGAUGAGAUCAAAGGCUAAGAUGAUACCUACCAAGUUGGAUAUAUGAAAAAAUAGAUCAAACUGAAUUCUUUUUUUGUGUGUAUGUUUGCCAUGAAAUGCCUCGUUGAUUCUAGAAUAUUGAUGCAGUGCAUGUCAUUUCGUAAUCCAGGUGAUAGGGCAUGGUUUUACAGUGCUGCCAUGUGUUCCCGACACGGCACUAAUGUCGUUUUGCGAGGCAUUAAUCUACAUUUGCCAGUAUAUACCCAUGGGAAGAAAUGGGGACCUGGUAGGAUGACGAAAGCCUUUGUGGCAGUAAUUGCUACAAUGACCAUAUGAUAGGAAUACUCCCCAGGGAGUGUAGAUCAUGGUGCAAAACUGUACAUUGUGCGUGACUGGAUCCGAAGACAGGGUUAUACAUGUACAUGUACAUGUAAUAUCUGUAAAGUGCUUAGAGAUAGCAUUUUGUAUUAAGCGCUGAUAUAAAUCCAGAUUAUUAUUACCAGAAGUUCAGACUACAUGAUCAAAAAUCUUGCAGUACAUUAUUUUAUGUGUAAUGUACAUGAUCGCAUUAUUCAUGUGGAAAGGCACUCAAGAUGAAACAAAAAAGGCCUUGGAGAUGUCCAGGAAAAUUCUAAUAGUGUGUGAUGAAUUAUCAAUCGCUUUGGCCACAGACGUUCUUCAGUUCAAGGUGGCCCAAACUGCCCGACCAACACGGAUGAUUGGACAGAUAUAGCUGGACCAUCCAUGGUCAUCCGUAGGGUGAUCCGUGACUAUGUGAUUGGGGCUAAGCCACUUCUAUACAAAGCCUAAAUCAUCUGUAACAUUGUAUGUUUAUUAUGUUUUCAGGUGUUUUCUGUUGCGCAAUUCAAACCAAAUUUGGACGAAGUAUGUACAUGUAGGUGCAUGGAAGGAUGAACGGAUUAGAUUUUGGGUGUAAGAGCUUGCAGGUCAACAGUUGGAGUGUCCUAAAGUUGUUAAAACUUAAGAGAUAACUUAAAAAUAUCUCAUUAUCAUGAUAACUUGAAAAGCAUUGAAUCAAUUGAAAUGAGACGUGGACCAAGUAUGUGUGAGCAUGCAAGAAUUAAUUGAUAAGCUUUUGGUUUGCAUGCAAGAGGUCAAAGGUGAAAGUUCACAGGUCAUAAAUGUUUUUAAAUUCCCAGUAAAUGUAUAAUUACUGUGAUAACUAAUACCAAAUUAGAACCGAUGCCUUAUGGGGUUUAAUACAGAUGAUGCAUUCUUAACGUACAUUUUUUCUAUGUUCAGCAGAGGUUUUUUUAGCUGCAUAGCCACACUCGUCUUGUUACGAUGUGUGAUUCUGUUUGUAGGCUUUUUUAUUUAUUUUUUUAUUUGAUUUUUUUUUUCAUUGCUCAUCGGCCAGGAUGGCAUAACAUUUGUUAAAAUGCAUUUUCAAGCAUGUUACUUGCUGAAUAAAUUUGUGCUAUUUCUCUCAUUUGGUGGCAUUCAUCCUACAGGGUAAAUGGAUUUUCAUGCUCAAGUGAAUGAUAGAUUGGAGGAAUAUUGUAUUCAUCAAAGUUUUGACUAUCAUAGCUUUGCUAUAUGUUUGUUUGUGCUUGCAAGUUAGGAAUAGAUUAUCAGGGACAAGUUUGUAUAAUUUGAAUAGUAAUCAUGUUGCAGAAGAUUUUUGUUAUGAUUAGUGACCAGCUGAAAGCUGCCUUAAUAUCAGCUAUAUGUAUUUAUUUAUUUAUUAAGUAUCAGAACCUUCAGGGUGAUUAAAUGUUUCAUAUUACAUGGGUUCUUUCGAAAUAUGAGAGAAAUAAUGUAAAAUACAUAGCCCUAUAGUUAUUUAAUAUUGUGAUAACAAUGCUGUUUACAUGUACCGGUACCGGUAAUUGCUGAUUGCAAUGCACGAGUAGGAACUCUACUCAUGCCCUUAUUUUUUUUUAAUGCAAACCAAAGUUGGAUUUUUGUUCUUGUCAAUUGCUCCCCCCCCCCCCCCACCCCCUCCUGACCAUAUUUGUAGCUAGGUUAAGUUUGUGUGAGCUUGCCUAUUAUUCUUGGCUUCAUAUUUAAGAAAAUAUGAUUUACUUUUUAUUUUGUUUUGUUUUGUUUUAAUUAAUAUACAUUGAUGUUCAAAUUGCUAUUUGAAUUAUUUCUAACAAUCACAGUCAUUGACAUCUAGGUCUGCUCUCUAAAUUGAGAAUAAACAAACAAUGUCUUCAUCUACUUGGUGCAUUAUGUAAGUAACUUGAUGAUGCCUUCCAGUAGCUAAAUAAAGGUGUGACAGUGUCGCACAAUCAAAGAUACAGAAAA